AUGGAGGCUGCUUCUGCCAGGGCGGCCGCCCGAGACCGCUGGAGCGAGUUCGGCCAUGCCCCCUCCCAGCUCCAGCGCUUCAUUCAAGGCGCCUGCAGUCCCGAAAACUACGAGCCGAACCUGGCUCUGAGCCUGGAGAUUGCCGAUUUGAUCAACAGCAAGAAGGGUUCCGCCCCGCGAGAGGCCGCCACCAUGAUUGUCAGCUACAUCAACCAUCGGAACCCAAACGUCGCGCUGCUCGCUCUCAAUCUGCUCGACAUCUGCGUCAAGAACUGCGGCUACCCUUUUCAUCUGCAGAUCAGCACCAAAGAGUUUCUCAACGAGCUGGUUCGUAGGUUCCCUGAACGCCCGCCCAUGCGUCCCACCAGGGUCCAGGCCAAGAUCCUCGAGGCCAUUGAGGAGUGGCGCGUCACCAUAUGUGAGACGAGCCGCUACAAAGAAGAUCUAGGCUUCAUCAGGGACAUGCAUCGCCUUCUGAGCUACAAGGGCUACAUGUUUCCCGAGGUUCGACACGAGGAUGCCGCAGUGUUGAACCCGAGCGAUAACCUCAAGUCGGCCGAAGAGAUGGAAGAGGAGGAAAAGGAGGCCCAGUCUGCCAAGCUCCAAGAGCUCAUUCGACGUGGCACUCCCGAAGACCUUCGAGAAGCCAAUCGCCUCAUGAAAGUCAUGGCCGGUUACGACACCCGGUCCAAGACCGACUACCGCGCCAAGGCAGCCGAAGAAGUAUCCAAGAUCCAAGCAAAAGCCAGGUUGCUUGAAGAGCGCCUAGAAGCUUUCAGACCAGGCGACAGCAUGUCCGACGGCGACGUCUUCAGCGAGCUGGCCUCGGCUUUGCAGAGCGCGCAGCCCAAGAUUCAGAAGAUGUGCGAGGAGGAAUCGGACGACCAUGACGCAGUUGCCCGGUUAUUUGAGAUAAACGACGGCAUUCACCGCACCGUCGAGAGGUACAAGCUCAUGAAGAAGGGGGACUUGGAGGGCGCGGCCAAAGUCGCGGCGGGGGCUCCUACGCCCUCGGCCUCGACGACGGCUGCGGCGAGGGCGCCGUCGAGUUCCGGCAACGCAGCGAACGAGUUGUCUUUGAUAGAUUUUGAUGCUGAUGCCGCAAACGACGGCAAUGGCAUCGGAAACCACCACUACAACAACGCACCCGCAGGCGGCGGCUCGCAGGCUACCGGCUUGGAGGAUGACCUGUUGGGGUUGGAUAUUGGCAGCUCGGCAGGCAACUUUGGGCAGGGAGGCAAUAUCGCACUUGGUUUUGGAGCCAACCAAAAUAUUCCCGGCCCGGCUUUGUUGUCCUCCAUGACGCAGGACAGCAGCGCCAGCGGAAACGUCUCUAACCAGACGCCUUCCUUCUCCCGAUUCGCCUCGUUUACCUCUCCUCCAGUUUCGCAGUCUGGCACUCCGCAGCCUGCUGUCCAGCAACAGCCGAAACCUCCUUCACAUCAGCCGGCCUCGGGUUCUUUUGCCACCGUAGGCGCCGCAUCAGCAUCAGCAUCAGCAUCAGCAUCAACCUCUGCCCCAACUCCACCCCCUCGACUCCCCGCUGUCUCCCAUGCCGGGGGCGGCGACGACGACGACGAGUGGAACUUCUCAUCGUCGCUUCCUCCAGCGUCGCCAAACAAACCCAAGGAGCACAGGGGAACCAUCAAUCAGGGUCUGUUACGGACGGACUUCCUAGCCGGACGUGCCACCGGCGCAAGCAACUCGAUCCACGUAGCAUUUGCCUUCUCAAACAACUCGGCCCAUCCCAUUACCGAGCUGCACUUCCAGCUGGCAGUCACAAAGGGCUACGAGCUGCAACUGAAACCACAAAGCGGCCGCGAUCUCGCGCCCAAGCAGAGCCGCGGCAUCACGCAAGAAGUGGACAUUUGGCACGCCGGCAACCGAGGACUCAGGGUGGAUUCAGUCAAGCUGAGAUGGCGCGCCACGUACAAGGUCGGCACCGAGCAGAAGAACGAAACGGGUGACAUUCCGGAACUCAGCCUGGCAUAA